AUGUAUGAGAAACUCCAUGGGCUUCUCCAAGCCUCAAACGAAGCAGAUGCAAAACAAGUCUUUGAAAAGAUUCGGCGUGGCGUAGACAUUGGGAGCAUACUUGUCCAAAGCAAGGAAACCAGUGCCACGACGCCGCCUGGCACAGCGAGCGACGACUCUCCCAGCUCAUGUUUCCAACAAUUGCGCUCGUGGAAGCACUGCCGCCCUACUUCAAGGAACAACGGGCUGCCGCCCGACUCAGACCAGUCAACUAUACUGACUCUUCCCCCGCGGCCACUCGACGCCUACGUGUCUCACUGGCAUCAGGAUAGGUGGACCCAGAUAGGAUGGACAAAGGCGCACAUACAUCACCUCAUCGACGCCAUUUUUUCUUGGGACUACCUCCCUUUCAGCCUUUUAUCUCACGAUCUUUUUCUGCAGAGCUUCUACAGUGACUCGAGCCAGUUUUGUUCCUCGGCAUUGGUGUGCGCCAUCCUGGCACUGGCAUGUCGCCUGGUAAACGAAGACAAGGACGAACUUGAAGUUCUCCCAUCUGGGUGGAUUGGGAGCAAAACCUUCUUUGACCAGGCUAAUGCGAAGCUGCACAAACACCGGUCCAAGGUCCUUCCGGAUAUACAAGCAAUCGGGGUGCUCUCACUCUAUCACCUGCGGUGUGGACAAGAAGCCAAGGCUCAGGAGUAUGCGGAAAAUUUCAUCGCUAAUAUUAAAGAGCAUCACGACCCCGAGUCUUCGGUUCGCAACAAGAGUAAGCAAUACGAGAGAGUGCUGGACAUUACCUACCAUGGGGCGGUGUCGCUGUCUCGCAUGUUACUUUUGACCACGGGGCGCGUGUUUACCGCCCAGCUUUCCGCCGCUCAAGCACAUGUAUCCAUCUUGAAUACGCUACAUCCGAUUAUGCAAGCCAGAAACGGCGGUCGUGGGUCUAGUCCAGCCUUGACCCCAGGAGGGCGCAACUUGCAGAUGCUUGGUAUGCAGAUCAUCUCGGGCAAGAUCUUUGAGUUGACCGAAUGGGUGUACAAUUUCAUAGCGUUGGCUCGCUCAAACAUCCCAAGUGGCCCGGCGAACGUGAGGGCCUUCUACGAGAAGUGUCUGGACUGGUACAAGGAGUUGUUUGCCUAUGCCGAAAGUGACUGCGGCAGAACGCCGUUUGUACUAUUCGCCCACAUAUAUUACCACUACUGCCUCCUAUGUGCUUUCCGGCCCCUCAUCGGCAAGGACAUGGGAAGCACCGACAUCCGGCCAUUUACGAUAUGUAAAGAGACUGCGCAGUCCGUCCUGGCCCUGACUCAGUCCUACGAUGACCUUUUUACUCUUCGCCGCGUGUCUGGACUCAUGCCUUAUUUCGUUUGCACUGCCGGUAUGCUUGGUCUGAGUAUGGAAACCGAGGGCAGGUCCAUGAGCUCGGUGCACCUACGCCUACAGCACACUGGACAGGAGGAUGAAACGAUGCCCGUGCAACAAUCUCCGAGCCCGGAUGAAGGCAACGUACGGAUGGCAUCGCCAUAUAUCACAAUGUCGGCGACCGACCAUGCGCGCCUGCUGCUUACCAAGAUGGGCUCCGCACAUCCGGCAGCGAAUAUUGCCAGGAACCAGCUUCAAAUAACCUGA